GGCUUGAACAGCAAAAGGGAACCGGAAGCUGCUUGUUGACAGCUCAUCGUUACAGUCCGGUAUACGAAGCUUGCCAGUGAUAGAAAUGGUUGGCGUAGAUGGUCCGGACAUACUUUUUAGAACCAGAGGUGGUUUGGACCUUUGCUUCCCUUUGACUGCGAAUGAUGAAAAAUCCACGAAGAAGGCUUUGUUGGAAGCACUCGCUGACGUCUCUGCCAAGCUGCUGUCUGAUUCUCUGGUGUUCAGCGUUUGUAACAGCUCGCUUUACAUAUGGCCCAACACCGGAGCCAGCUCAUCCCCUAUAGAACUGACAGACGACUCUCCAUGUAACAACAUACUGAGCUUUAUACAGAUUGAUGAUGAGGAUGCAAAGAGAAAAAGCUCCAAAAAGAAAGAGAAAAGAAUCCAAGACACGCAACAUAUUGUAAACAUCAGCUUACUGUUCGAGAUGACGACCAUCUCCAGAGCCUGUGCACCGGUGAUCACGCAGGAUGUUAAAAGCCAUCACGUUGUGCGCAUGACCUUACCCAUUGACUGUGCAGUCACCGUGUCUUCAGAGGAGCCCUGGGGGAAGGUGCGGCAGAUCCUUGUGAACGGGCUCACGCAUCAGCUUGCUGAAAUGGAGAAAUGCAUGUUGAAGUAUAUGAAAGGAACCUCCAUCUACCUGGCGGAACCGUUUCACUUCGUGUUACCGGACAUAAAGGGCCUUGUUACUGUAGCUUAUCCUGCAGGGGUUCCUGAUUCUCAGCUGGAAGGCUAUAGGAAGGCUUUACAUGAACAGUUCAGCCUGCCCCUGGACAGACCUUACCUGAAAAGAGCAAAUGCAUACCACUUCCCAGAUGAGCCCUUCAAGGACGGAUAUCUCCGAAAUCCGCAUGCGCAUCUAAACCCUCCUAACAUUGAGGGAGGCACAGUCUCAGCGGUACAAGGAAUAUACAGUUACCACCAUUAUAUGCAAGAUCGCAUGGAUGAUAAUGGCUGGGGCUGUGCGUACCGUUCCCUUCAGACAAUCUGUUCCUGGUUCAAAUAUCAGGGAUAUAGCGACAAACCUAUUCCAACGCACAGGGAGAUUCAGCAGGCACUUGUCGAUGUCGGGGAUAAACCUGCCAGCUUUGUUGGAUCCAGGCAGUGGAUUGGAUCCAUUGAGGUGCAGCUUGUACUGAACCAGCUUCUUGGCAUUACUUCAAAAAUAAUGUUUGUUAGCCAGGGUACAGAGCUGGCGUCCAGAGGGAGAGAGCUGGUGAAUCAUUUUAGAUCAGAAGGAACCCCGGUUAUGAUUGGAGGUGGUGUCCUGGCUCACACCAUCCUAGGUGUUACAUGGAGCGAGUCUACAGGGGACAUCAAGUUUUUAAUUCUGGAUCCACAUUACAAAGGAGGUGAAGAUCUAAAUGUUAUUUUGGAAAAGGGAUGGUGCGGCUGGAAAGGGGCCGACUUCUGGAGUGCAGAUGCUUACUAUAAUUUAUGUUUACCACAGCGACCAUCUACGAUCUAAACCAAUUUCCCAAAUUUCCAAUCAAGCGCACUACAUUACCUUCUAUAUAUAUAU